GCAGCCUCCACGAUUCGACCCCGUUAGAGCGAAUAAGGAGCGGGCCCCUUCCUCCUCGGCCGCAGUGCCAUGGCGACUUUCGGUAGGGUCUCGCGCUGGCUGGUCGGUACCUCAAUCCCUGUUAGACUGGGGUGGAAUCCUGCCACUUCUAUCGAAAGACUUCACCAUUCUGUGGGUUAUACAGCAUCAAAAGUAAAUAAGCAUGUAUUAUGGCAAAGUUUGCCUCAGGCAGUUAGGAAUGAUAAUAGCUUCUGCACAGAAGGAAGUCUAACACAGCAAGAGAUAAAACGAGCAGUUGACAACAUAUCUGAGAAAUUCACAGAAGCCAUGGAACUUAUGAAUGAUGCGAGAUCAUCAGCAGGGACUGUAUAUUUCUCGGAAGAUAUGGAAGAUACCACAGCACAAGUACAGGAAACCCUUCAAGAUUAUCAUGCACUACUAGGAAGACUAACAGAUAAACAGAAAAAACAGGUCAUACAGUCAAUAGGUCUUAAAAUGGAAGAGCUCAAGGCACAGAUGUCAUUACUGCAAGACCUAGCCAGAGAAUAAGAAACUGAAAAAUAUGCCUUUGCAGUUUGUUAUAUAUGCUAAGGGUACAUAAGGAUACAGAAUGAAAGUUUUUUCCUCUUUCAUUAUUAUUGUUGUUCUUGUUUAUUAUUUGUUUUAACAUUUUAUUGAAAAAAAUGUCCAUGUUCUCUUGUAGAGAUAUAUACAUACUUAUUUUUCAAGGAAAUAUAGACCUGUUUUUCUAA